AUGGAAGGCAAGGGCAGAUCCGUGGAUCUUGUCCAGGCAGCCGUACGUUUCGACAACAACAAUAAUAAGGGUGGAGGAAUGGCGGUGCAGCGGCCGGGGCAAUACGCUGCACCAGAUGGGCCCACGGACGGCGAUGAGGAGUACUGGGAAUGGUUAUUUAAGGAAGAGGAUACUCCGGAGUCGCCGUACGGAUCUGACAUACUGCGGGCGCUGCUGUCCGCCAUCAGCCCCAAGUUCGCCGUCAAGCGGCCCGAGGACUACAUCCCCGUCACGCCCUCCUCCAUAUCCUCCGGCCGCUACGUCCGCUCCGACAUCUGGACCUGCGGACCCUCAGAACCCGACACCCCGGUAGCGGGAGCGGCCGCAACCGCCCGCGGGGGCGACACAGCAGCCCAGGGGCCCGCCAGCCCAAACGUUCUUCAAGUCCUCGCCGCCGCCGCCGCCGCCGCCAACUCGGGUUUGUUCCCGGGUGAGCUGCCCGUGGCGCCAUCACCACGGCACCCGCGUCAGCUGCAUCGCAGGGAGGGGGAGGAGGAGCAGGGGUGUAGGGAGACGGUGCGGGGGCAUCAGGGCUUACCACGGGAUUCAGAUCUGGAUCAGGCCCAGGGUCACGUGGACGGGUCCGUGCAGCCGCUCCAGGGGGGGAGCUCCCCGGACCGAAGGGGGGGCCAGCGGAAAGUGUUGAACCGCCGAGCCGCCGCCGCCGUGGCGUCAAUCGUGGGCAGUGGAGAGGCGGCGCUUGGGCGCCAGCCUCCAUCGGCCUCUCGCCAGCCCGGCGUACCGAGUCCCCAUCCCCACCCCCAACGCCAGCAGGGGCUCCUAAGCCCCGGAUCACAACGGCCCCGGGACGCGGCUCCGGCUGUGGAGGCGCCUAGAUGGCUGCAGCCUGGUGCUAUAGAACUAGCAGCUACUGUCCCACCCGAAGGUGGUGUCGAGGCGGCGUUGGCGGCCCUCACGACUUCCCCCUCCCAACAGCCGCGGGAGCAGCAGCAGCAGGGCCCGGGGCGGAGCAAGCUCUGUCAGAAGCGGGGCUCCGAAGCCGAAGCGGAGCGGGCGGCUCUAGCAGUGGCUGAACCCCUGUGGAAGCGCUUACCGCCUGAGGCUUGGAGGGAGGCAGCGGCCACCGCAGCGGCCAUCGCAGCAGCGGAGGCUUCGCUGGCUCGCGAUAUCUGCGCCAGGUGCAGCACCGGUGGUGCCGGCGGCGAAGGGGAUGUCCCCGUCUGUUCGGAGUGCGGGGGGGUGCUGGUGGACACAGCUCGAGGACUGUGGUGCCCGCAGCGGCAGUGCACAGAGGGGGGGUGGCAGCCGCCGGAAGAGGCCCCCGGGGCAGGGGGGCGAUGUGUGGAGCAGCCAGUAGCGCCACCAGCCGGGAGAUCCAGGUUCUAUCAGUUCCCUCCGCCGCAGCCCCACCACCACCAAACCCAUCAGCAGCCGGGAUGCGCACAUACCGGGGUCACUGGCGGUGACAGCGCCAGCGGCCAAGUUGCGACACACCACCUGGCUUCGGAGCAGCGUGAGCCGUACGAUGAUUGCCCCGCCGGCCAGCAGGACGAGCGUCCGUGCGUCCGCCAAUCGUCAAGUAGACCAUUGUCAUCACUAUCGGCUUCAUCAACGUCAUCAUUGGUCGCGUCGGGGGCGGCUGCGUUGUCCGUUGUACGACAUGCUGCUGCCACGUCAUCGCUAGCGCCGGCGACGCCAUCGGGGCCCGUCAACAGCAGCAGUAGCAGCUGUGUUGUUGUUGUGACCGGGGGGCAGCCCGGGGGGUUCCGGAGGAUUCCCUCCGUGGCUUGGCAGCAGCAGCAGGACGAGGAGGAGGGUGAGGAGGAGCAACACACCGCAGCAACUGAGCAGCUGGCUGGAGGCCUUGCCGUGGGGCUGACCCCGCCGCGGCCGUCACCGCCGUCGCCACCGUCGCCACCGCACCAGCAGCACCAGCACCAGCAGCUGUUUCAGCAGGCGCCGCUCCAGGGUUUGGCGGCUGAGCGGUGUGCCGCACUGCUGAUGCGCCCCUCACCCAACGCGCUUGCGUCUGCGGCCGCCCACGCAAGCGGUUGCGGUUCCGGAGCCCCCGGAUCUGCGCCCGAGCAGGGCGCUGGGGGCGCCAUGCGCCGUGACGGCCUUCACCCGGGUGUGGCCCGCUGCAGCUCGGCGGUGGCGCUGCUCCCGGGUGGUCCCGGGGCCGCCUUCCGUACUCCCUCGCCCCUGCACCCCCCGGCAACUGCCGGCGGCAGUAGCAGCAGUAGCUGUAGCAAUCGCUUCCUGACUCCUGACCGCUUUCUGCUUGCGGGGCCCUGCCACGCGGCUGUGGCUGUGGCGGCGGCUGGCGGCUAUGACGGCGGCGGGAAGGGCAUCUUUCGGACGCCCUCACCCACUACGGGGGGCUGCGGGGCUUUACGCGGCGGCAGCGGCAGCGGAGGCUAUGGUGGUUAUGGGGUGAGGUACGGCAGCGGCAGCCCCGGCGGCUUCCGGGGCCCAGCACACUGCAUCCGCGCCCGCAGUGCCGGCCCUGAGCGGCCCUCGCCACUGCUACUGCCGCCGCGCCUGCAGCCCAGAACGCCCGGCAGCCCACUGGAGCCGCCGGACAUGCCGCCGUCGCGUCGUACGCCGCCGCCCGUCGUACCGCUCACCUGGGAGCCGCCCCCCGCACCCUCGUCUGCAUUACUGCCGCCGCUAUUGCAUCAUCAGCCGCAGCCGUCCCCGCUGCGCCUGCCGCCGGCCCCCGCCCAACACCGCCGCAGCCACAGCGGCAGCAGCUCACCCAGCAGCUCCGGAAGUCUGUACGGUGACAACAACGACGCGAGCAGCGGUGGUGGUGCGGCGAGCUGCGAGUUGUCCCCCUCCGCAAUCGAGGCGCUGUUGUCGUUAUCGCCGCGGAGGCGCAGCGGUGGCUCUGUUGGCAGUCCACAGUCGCGAAAUGUGGCUCCCGUUGGUGCUGUUGGGGCGGGGGGGGCCGCCGCGGAGGUGAGCGGCGUCAGCAGUCUGGUGCCCUGGACUCGCAAGUCCCGUGAGCAGCCGCAGCGGACGCGGCAGUCGCAGAUAGAGCUGCGGGGCCAGGGGCCAGGUGUAGCAGCAGCAGUAGCAGCUGUUACUGGUGGUGGUGGUGGUGGUGGCCCUCCUGGAGUGCAAAGUAUCUCCAGAGCGACACCGGCAGCUGGAGAUGCGCAGCAAGAGCACCCGCAGCAGCACCAGCUGGUGUUGCGGCCUCCGGUUGCGGCCUCCCGCCAGGCGGAGAGGGUCGGGCGCUUCAGCAGCAUCCUGGAUGUCCCGUCCUCCCAGCCCCCAGCACCGCAGCAGGGCCCCCCGCAGCGGCUGCAGGGGGCGGGACCGGGAGGGCAGCAGCCUCCUCCCUCGGGCCGCCAUUCCGCAGCAGCCCCCCGCACGGGGCCCCUCGCGGGGCCUCACCGAGCCAGGGCGGUAGCGCCUGAGCGGUAUGCGGCGGCCCAGAGGUCCCCGUCAGCACAGCAGCGCAACAAGGGGACUCAUCACCACCUCCUCAAGGGCCACCGCAAAUCGCCGCCAUGGAAGCGAAGUAAGGCCCUUCUGUCGCCCGGGGCGCUGCGGCCGCAGUCCGGCGACGUCGCCACGUCAUCAGCGGCUGGCACUGGCGGCGCCGUCUCCUCCGCCGUCACCUCGGAGCCUCCCCUCCUCUACCGCCCCGCCUCUAUGUGGCGCAUGUGGCAAGGUAGCAGCAGCCGCAAGGCCCCAGACGCCAUUGCCGCUGCGGGCGGCCCCGCGGGGUACUGUGAGGGGUACGACGACAGCGGCGAGGUACACAUGAAAGCGAGGGAGGGGCUCUGCGGAGGAGGAGGGACAGGGGCUCCCCCCGGGCAGCCCAUGAACGCGGCGGCAGCAGUGGGGACGGACACCAGCUGGACCACCACCAUCACCCUGGCGCCCAUCAGGGCCCCCAACGCCGCAUGCGACUCCGCCACGUCACCCUUCCGGACGCCGCGUCUUAUCGCCGAACCGGCCUUGGGACCCGCGGGGGCGGCAGCGGCCCAUGCGGGUAGUGAAAAAGGGGGUGGAAGCAGCAGCGGCGGCGGCAGCCACUGCGACGACAUGAGCAUUAGUCAUGCGGCGCCGUCAUCCAUGUCAACCGGUACGACAGCCUCCGCCGCUGCCGCCCGCCCCGUCGUCAGCAGUGCGGACUCCUGGCGUACGGCGAGGUCCGUGUCCUUCACCGCGUCCUCCUCGGUGACAGUGGCACCAGGGCCGGCUCCCGGGGGCCCCCGCUCCCGCAGCAGUAGCAACCUUAUGAGCAGCGGUGCCAGUAGCGGCAGCAGUGGCAGUAGCGGCCAGGCAGUGAGCACACGGGUCGGCGGCCCCUUGAUGCCGAGCAUGCGGGUGAGCCGUGAGGAGUACGGACGUGUUCUUUGCAGUGAGGCCAGUGACUCCCGCAUUCCCCGUGCUACAGCUACAGCUGCAGCAGCACCUCCAAACGGCUUCAGGACGCCACCACCACCACCGCCCCAGCAGCAGCAGCAGCAGCAGCAGCAGGGGUCUUCAUGUGUGACUGCGGCUCCCGACACACCGGCUCCGACACACCUCGGACGUGCGGUCCGCAUCCUGAACGAGGCUGCCUGUGGCGGCGCAGACGAAGACGGGGGUGUACGGCGUAACUUGUUUCCGUCCUUGGGGCGAGCCGUUGGCUCCCCAGCCGCAGUAGUAAUUCCUACCACUGGACCGACUGACGCCGCCGACCCGGCCCCCCCCCUCGGCGGUGUCGCGGUGGUGGUGUCCAACGAUGUCCGGCCCCGGGACAGCCCAACGGGUGGCGGUAGUGCCGCUGGCAGCCGCCUCAGCCGCUUCUCACCCCCGACCACCUCGCCACGCGCCAGUGCCGGUAGCAAUAGCGGUAGCAGUAGCAGCGGUAGCAAUUCCAAUCCCGGGUUCCUGCCCCUGGGUCGGGUGGCUCCUGCCCCUCUCCACUGCCCCGAGGUGACUGACCCCCCCCACACACGAGACCGAUUCGGAUUGCUCAGCCCGCCUGCGACCAGCAGCAGCGCAGCAGCCGCAGAGGGGGGCCAGCAGGCGCACCUGCUGCCACCCCGGCCCCGGCGGCGGCAGUGGGAGGUGUACUCCACCAGCUCCCACAUCCUCACUCAUAACGGUGUCGGGGAGGGGCCGGAGGCGGUGGCGGCGGCGCAAGGGGGUCACCCGCCGGAGACCUCCCUGGUCUGCACUGCCGCCGCCGCUGCUGCCGCUGGCCCCCCCGCGCAGCGGAGUAGCACGGACGAGGGCAGUAAUCAAUCAUCGUUCGCGUCAGCAGUGCCGUUCGCUCCGAAACCGCCUCUGGCGCCCCAGAUGCCGCGUCGGUCCUCCUCAGGCGCUGGCACAGCCAGCACUGCUGCUGCAGCUGCUGCCACUACCGCCGGCAGCACUGCUGCCGCUAUGGACGCGCACACAGCUGCCUUUGCUGCGGCGGCGCCGUUGACGUCGGCUACCGGCCCUGCCCCCCAACCCCCGGUGGUCGGCGGGGCAGAUGUGCAGCACCCCGCUGUGCAGUGCAGUAUCGAGUUCCCGGGGCGGAGAAGCAGCGCCGGCUGGGGGGGAGGCGCCAGUCGGCCCGCCUCGGCCACGUCGUUGUGCUCCGAGACCAGCGUAUGCAGCAACAGCAGUGGUGGCGGGGGUGGCGGCAGCAACAGUGGGCAAUGCCACCCGCACCACCACCACUGGAACUACCGCCGCAGUCGGGAGAGAGCGCUGAUCAUCAACGGAGCCAUUGCGGCGGCGACGGCGGCCGCCGCCGCGGCUCCAGGGGGCCCAGCUGCCCAGCCCGCGACAGGGACAGGGACAGGGACAGGGCCGCAGCAGAUCUCGCUGCAGGCGAGGGGUAUUGCUAGCUCGGGCUGA